AUGGCUAAUAAAAACCCAAAUUGGUAUUUGGGUGCAGCACCAAUAUCACCAGCGACGAACAACGCACGCGAGCGUAUACCGUUGGCCCGUUUCCUUGUGGUGGCAGAGGAAAUGAUUAAUAACUGGUCAGUACAAGCAACAGAAGAAAAAUUUGCGACACAACCUCAAUUGCAGUUAUCAGAUUGGACAACAGGAUAUCAAUGGGCGAAAAGUGAUACCAAAAUUAGAGUUGUACAUUCAGCACCAGCCAGCACCACAUAUUUAAUUCCAUUCAACAACUCAUUCAAAAUUGAUCAAACUGAGAAGACUUUCAGGUGUUUUGACGAAUACAAAAAAGUGUUUUUUUCAUCUUGGAACGUAAUACUACCGAACAAUCAGACCGAGUGGAUUACUGGUUGCUGUGAUUGUCCAGACUUUUAUCGCAAGCAUUUGAUAGGCCUUGCAAUCAGACUGAAAUACGUGACGCCUCCACUAGAGGCAAAGUCACAACCACUAGGAUUAAAAAGAAAGCGUGUAAGGCCAACAAAAGCGCGAGCUGCGUUAAUAAUCCAAUAA